GAACCAAGUCCAUUCUCUCUGCGUUAACGUUGUUUCCUUAACGUUGUAUGAUCAUCUUCCUCCAUGGAUUCUAAGAUAGCGAUGCUCUUCUCCUCUUUCUUGGCCAUCUCAUGCCUUCGCAAAGUGGUCUGUGGCGACCCUGUCGUCCCUUGCUAUUUCAUCUUCGGAGACUCGCUGGCCGACAAUGGCAACAACAACAAUCUUCCGACCUUGGCCAAAGCCGAUUACGAGCCGUACGGGAUCGACCUUCCUGGCGUCGGCCCCUCGGGACGGUUCACCAAUGGUCUAACCGCGUUUGAUUUCAUCGCUCAAUCCCUAGGGUUCAUGGAUCCCAUUUUGCCGCAUGCGACUGCGUCGGGGAUUGAACUCCUGAGAGGCGUGAACUACGCAUCGGCUUCAUCGGGCAUUCUUCCAGGGACGGGAUCGAACCUGGGUACUCACAUCAGCUUGGAUGACCAGCUGCAAAAUCACCAGAAUGUGAUAAAAACCAUCGUCGCUUUAGUCGGAGAGGCUAAAGCCAAACAGCAGCUAAACAGCUGCCUGUACACCGUCGGAAUGGGAAGCAACGACUACAUCAACGGCUACUUUGUCAAAGGGAGCUCAGCGAGUCGGAGCAAUCCGGAGCAGUACGCCUCGCUCCUCAUCGACCAUUAUUACUCUCAAUUAAAGGCUCUACAUGGUUUUGGAGCGAGAAAGAUUGCAUUGUUUGGGCUAGGGUCAAUCGGAUGCACACCCUUUGCAAUUGCGUCAUCUGGGAGCAACACAUGCGUAGAAAAAAUGAACGCUGCAGUCAAAAUCUUCAACGAGAAGCUCCAUCCGCUCGUGGAUCAUCUCAACAAUGCCUUCACCGACGCCAAGUUCAUGCUCGUGAACAUCACGGGAAUGUCAACAAGUUCAACUGAUGCGAUCAUGGAACUACGAACCGCAUGCUGCCCGAUGGCUCAGACCGGGACGUGCGUGCCGAACUCCAUGCCAUGCCCCGAUCGGAGUGCGUACGCAUUUUUCGACGGUUUCCAUCCAACGGAAGUCGUUAAUCAAGGAGUUGCAGGAAGAGCAUACCGAGCGACUUCCCCGACAGAUACUUAUCCUACUGAUAUCUCCCACCUGGUGACAUACUAGGUCAAGAAGAUUGUGAUUUUCUU